UAAUCGCAACUGCAAUGUUCUUCUCCACAUUGGAGCCAUUGCCUCAGAGCUGCUGUUUCAAAAUGGCUGUCGUUUUCAAAAUGACCGUUGGUGUUUAGUAGGAGAGAUAUAACCGCUACUGCAAUAUUUUUCUCCCCAUUGGACCCAUUGCCUCAGAGCGGCUGUUUCAAAAUGGCUGCCAUUUUCAAAAGGACAGUUGCAGCUUAAUGGGAGAGAUAUCCUCGUUACUGCAAUGUUCUUCUCCACACUGGAGCCAUUGCCUCAGAACUACUGUUUCAAAAUGGCUGCUGGAGAGAUAUCAUCGCCAUUGCCUUCAAGCUGCUGUUUUCAAAAUGGCUGCCAUUUUCAAAAUGCCAGGGGCAGCUUAAUGGGAGAGAUAUCAUGGCUUAUCUGUUCCUAUUUGCUCCUUUUUCUCUAUCCUUAUUAGUAUCCUUGCCUUAUAAGUUGUCAGUGAAGGGCAAACAUGACCGGUUGAUCAGGAAGGAGAGAAAAUAAAAACUGUUGGAAAAUGGGACGGGGCCUUAAUGGCUCAAUUGAAUCAUUGUGCUUAAAGGACUACACUUAUGGAUCACACUGAGAUGAAGGCCUAGAGCAAAGGACCUGUCCAAUCAGCUGCGAAAUACCUUCAAAUUGUUCAGGGAUAUUUAGACUUUCCUUUGCUUGAUGACAUACCCAGAUGGAGAAGGGAAGAGGUUUUUCAGCCCAGAUGGGGCCCAGAAUGAAGAUGGAGGAGCUAAACCAAGCCUGUCCUGAAGGAAGAAGAGGGCCCAAUAAAAUGCGGGGCAGGAGAAGUCUUGUUCUGUGGCAGAGAACAAGGUAGGAUGUUCUGAAUGAGAAGGUAUUCAACGCAGACAGUCAGUGCCAAUGCUUCCGGCGUUUCCGCUUCCAGGAGGCCUUGGGGCCCCGAGAGGUUUGCUGAUGGAAACCAGAAUGAAGAUGGAAGAGCCAAACCAGAACGGCCCUGAAGGGAGAAGAAAGCCCUGUAAAAUGUGGGGCAGGAGAAGUGUUAGAUUCCCAGGCAGAAUGGGUCAGGAUGCUCUGGAGGAGAAGACCUUCAGCGCAGACCUUCAGUGCCAACGCUUCCGGCAUUUACGCUACCAGAAGGCCUUGAAGCCCCGGGAAGUUUGCAGCCACCUCCACUCUCUCUGCUGCCUGUGGCUGAAGCCCGAGCGACACUCCAAGGCGGAGAUGCUGGACCUGGUGCUCUUGGAGCAGUUCCUGGCCAUCCUUCCUGCGGAGAUGGAGUGCUGGGUGAGGGAAUGUGGGGCAGAGACCAGUUCCCAGGCUGUGGCUUUGGCUGAAGGAUUCCUCCUGAGUCGGGCAGAAGAGGAGAAGGUGCUGCAGGAAGAGCGGCAGGAGAGAGAGAUCCUUCAGGCCCAGGAGCCUUUAUUGGAUACCAGUAAGACGUUGUCUUCUGUGUGGAUCAAGCUAGAGAAGGACUCAAGAGCUGCUCUACCAGGAGAUGAGCCAAGGAUGCUAGGAAGAAGUAAUACUUCACAUCUUUGUGCUGAGGGAGACACGGCUUCUGUGGAACAAGAUCAGGUGACUUUUGAAGAUAUGGCUGUGACUUUCAGUGAUGCUGAGUGGGCUCUGCUGGAUCCGGAUCAACAGAUCCUGUACAAAGAGGUCAUGGAGGAGAAUUAUAAGAUGGUAGUUUCAUUUGGUGGUGAUGGGCAGGAGAGUGAAAAUGGGCAAGUGUCAUGUAAAGCAUGUCUACAAACCGAGAGAUGUGAAGAGGAGGAAAAAGAGAGCAUGAGAAUGGAAGCAGAAGAAGAUAGAAGUACCCCGUGCUCUGCUGACACCUCAGAAUUGCCAAUCAAGGAAAUACAAGGAAAAAACAUGGAGUUUAGGAACUGCCAACGUAAAUCCCAUCAAUUGGAAAAAAAACUUGGAUUUAGUAUGCACUUUAUUAACCCUGAAAAAAAUAAUCAUAAUCAUUCACAAAAUCAUCUGAAUUGUGGGAAAAGCUUCCAUCAUAACAGCUUUCUCAGUAGGCAUAAAAAACCCCACAAGAGUCCUAGAAGCAAAUCAGUUCUUAUAAAUCACCAGGAUAUGAGUAUAGAAGAGAAACCAUUCAAAUGUCUCGAUUGUGGGAAAAGCUUCCGUCAUAAGAGAACCCUCACUAGCCACCAGAAAACUCACAUGGGAGAGAAAUCAUAUAAAUGUCUGGAGUGUGGAAAAGGUUUUAUUUGCAAGUCAAGUCUCAUAGGGCAUGAAAUGAAUCACAGAGGGGAGAAGCCCUAUCAGUGCCUGGAAUGUGGGAAGAGUUUCUGCUACAAAUCAGUCCUUAAAAAUCAUCAGAAUAUACAUAAAGGAGAGAAACUAUACAAAUGUAUGGAUUGUGGGAAAAGCUUUUAUCGUAAUGCAGAGCUUAGUAGACACAACAAAACCCACACAGUGGAUAAACCAUAUAAAUGCUUGGAGUGUGGAAAAUGUUUUAUUGAUGAAGAAAGUCUCAUAGGGCAUGGAAGGAUUCAUCGAGGAGAGAUGCCCUAUCAGUGCCUGGAAUGUGGGAAGACUUUCAACUACAAAUCACGCCUCAAGAGUCACCAGAAUAGUCAUACAGAAAAGAAAUUAUGCACAUAUCGCAAGCGUAAAAAGAGUUUCAGCAGCAAAUCAGUCCUUAAAAAUCACCAGGAAAGGAAUACAGAAGAGAAACCAUACAAAUGUCUUGAUUGUGGGAAAAGCUUCCGUCAUAAGAGAACCCUCAGUAGACACCAGAAAACUCACACAGGAGAGAAAUUAUAUAAAUGUCUGGAGUGUGGAAAAGGUUUUAUUUGCAAGUCAGGUCUCAUAGGGCAUGAAAUGAAUCACAGAGGGGAGAAGCCCUAUCAGUGCCUGGAGUGUGGGAAGAGUUUCUGCUACAAAUCAGUCCUUAAAAAUCAUCAGAAUAUACAUAAAGGAGAGAAACUAUACAAAUGUAUGGAUUGUGGGAAAAGCUUUUAUCGUAAUGCAGAGCUUAGUAGACACAACAAAACCCACACAGUGGAGAAACCAUAUAAAUGCGUGGAGUGUGGAAAAUGUUUUAUUGAUGAAGAAAGUUUCAUAGGGCAUGGAAGGAUUCAUCGAGGAGAGAUGCCCUAUCAGUGUCCGGAGUGUGGGAAGAGUUUCAGCUACAAAUCACAGCUCAAGAGUCACCAGAAAAGAAAACAUACACAUAUCUUGAGCGUAAAAAGAUUUUUGACAGCAAAUCAGUCUGUGUGCUGACUUCCAGGGGCACCUGCACAUUCCCUGAGAACAACUUCAGUUGCACUUCUUUUUGUUCUGAUGCUUGAGAAACCCUCAAGUUGAUCUAUAACUCCAAACUUACAGACUUGUUCCUGGUUGUACAGAUGUGAGGCAGGGAGGAAUCUUUUUAAUUAUUAUAUAUUUAACUAUCCCACCAUACAGUUGUCACCAAAAUGUAAAGAUGUCUGGAUGAUGAUUUUAUAACUGCUGCCACCAGUGAUGGAGAUGUCAGGCAGAGGAUAAUUUAUUCUUCUUAUUUACUUUAGAUGGUAUCGUUGCUUAUUUUAGAAUAUGAGUGUGACAGAGACUUAGAUGGUUUAAAGAACAAAACAAGUUUAUUUCAUGUACCAAAGCUUGUGGUUGCAAUAAUUUCUUUAAGGCACUUAAAUAACUGUUACAAUUAGAUGUUGAGGUGGUCCAACUUCCAAAAUACUUUCUUCUCUCAGAACCAAACUAUAAACUGAUCACUUGGAUCUACUGGGAUUACUUCCCCUAUUUCACAGCCUCUACAAAUAACCCUAAACAAGUCACCCAACUUGCUUAGUCUGGCUCUACUAGAGGUCUGCCUCCCUGGUUUCCUUAAUCCUGGAACCAGUCUUUCUCCUGUGACUAACAAUCACAGACUAAGAUUUAAACUUCCCUGGUUUCCUUAAACAUGGAACCAGUCUGUCUCCUGUGACUAGAAAUCACAGACUGCCUAAAAUAAGUCACCUUAUUUUAGAAUUGACUCAUAUUCCCUCAUUUGAGCCACCCUGAUCCUCCAACGGAGGAUCAGUCUUCACUGUAAUUCCACCAUUACAGACUGACCUGUUUUUAAAACAUUCCCUCCUUUUUCCUUCAAACGCCGGUUGGCUCCGUCCCCGUUGCUAUGGUAACCUGCCUCAGAAUGCUGAGCUGGUUACCUUCCCCCAUGUAUUGUCAACUCCAAUACUUACCCAUUUUAAACUUAGCCAAACAUGACUUCUAAAACAAAAUCAAACAAACAUGUCAUCCAUAAAUCAAAACAAAGACACACUUCUUUACACUGGUCCUUCUACUUCUGUGUGUAACAUUCCUCCAAGAGUCUAGCUCCCGUGUUUUGCAAAAUAACCUCUUCAGAGAGAUCCCAUGUGUGUUUCUUCUGCAAGACAGUUUGUUCUGCUGGAUUCAAGUCAAUCUCAUUCUUCCUAAUGUAGUGUGGAUACUGGGCUCCAAGGCACUGGGCCUUCUCUUCUUAAGAGGACCACUAACUUGCACUUGCUGUAAGUAUAAAUAUCCACAUCUUCUAGCAAAAACAUAAACAUUCCACAGCUGUUGCAAGUAACUGCAUGAGCUCCUUCACCAUCCAUUCUAGGAGAAUUAAGUGGAGAAUUAGAGAAAUCUAAAAUGCAUCGAGUAUAAGAAGAAUUCUGAGAGUGCCUUGGACUGCAAGAAGAUGCAACCAGUCCAUCUUCCAGGAAAUAAUGCCUAGCUGCUCACUGAAAGGAAGGAGAUGAGAGGCAAAGAUGAAGUAUUUUGGCCACAUAAUGAAAAAACAAGAAAGUUUGAAGAAGAUCAUGAUGCUGGGGAAAAUGGAAGGAAAAGGGAAGAGAGGCCGACCAAGGGCGAGAUGGAUGGACGGUAUCCUUGAAGUGACUGGGUUGACCUUGAAGGAACUGGGGGUAGCGAUGGCCGACAGGGAGUUCUGGUGUGGACUGGUCCGUGAGGUCACGAAGAGGCGGAAACAACUGAACUAAUAAAGAAGAAGAUAAGAAUUAUAUUGAUAUCAGGUGUCAAAAUUAUCUAGGUUAAAACUCCUAGGACUUGCAAGAUUAGUAGAAAUAUACUGUGGUUGAGGAGGGAGGGGAAAAUAUGGGAUGAUUUGGAAGGCAAAUGUUAAAGAAAAGGACUGUUAUGAUUAUGAAUAUAAAAUCCAAUAAAAAUAUUUUUAAAAUGAAAAAAAGGUUACAACUCCUAGCAAUGCCAAGUCUAUGGGAAGAGUUUCAGUAACUGAUUAGCUUCCUAUAGUCACCAAAGUAUUCACACAGUGGAGAAAACAUGGACAGAAAUUUGUAUCUUUUGUAUGAAUUUCCUCCUGCUUAGUCUUACAGUUGAUUCAAGAUACCUUGGGUUUUCUUUUCACACACUUUUAAGGAAGAUGCUGGCAGGUUCAGUUUAAUACAGGCCUUGCUGACUAGAUGCUUCAACAGCUGAUGAUGUGGUGUCCACACUGUUUUUUCCCCUUUUUUUCAACUGCAAAUUCUUGUGUUUGUUUCAGAAAGUUGACUGAUGUUUUUGCAAGUUCUUCUAUGGUUUUGUAGAUUUUAACAGUCAAAUAAAAUAUUCACAUUGACACAUGUAA